UGACAAUACCAUAUUUAGUUUUUUUUAUCAAUAUUUUAAAAUCAUUGAUAAUGCAACGUUUGAUACGUUGUUAUUGGUAACUAAACGUAUAAACUUUUUACUUUAUUUAUCUGAUUAUCAAAAUUGAAUGUUUAAUGUGUUUUUGCCGUUAAGGUAACGGAUUUAUGAAGUUUUUUUUAUGUAAUUUGUGACAAAUAAACAAAAUGAAUGACGAGAGUAUAACUGAAAUGUUAGAAUCUUCAUUUGAAUCAUUUGACUAUAGUUCAGACGAUUGUGACAAUGACCCCAAUUGGGAUCAAAAUGCUGAAAACAUGUCUACAAGUAGUACUUCUAGUAAACAAAAUUUCAAUGAUGAUGUCAGACAUGUGAACAUGUCUAUAGAUGAAAUUGAAUUAUCUGGAGUAGAUGCAAUUGCUUACAGUGAUGAAAAUGAUGAUCCAAAUUUUGAUUUGGUAUCUCAUAUAAGUGCUUCAUCUGAUAAUGGUUCUACUACAAAUUAUCCUGGACCAGGACGUCCAAGGAUUCAUCCUAAGGUAAAUGUCAAUGAUCGUCGUCAAUGGAGAGCAGACGACAAUGUUAUUGACGAUUUUAUUUUUGAUGCUGAUAAGACAAAUUCAGUUGAACAAUUAACCAAAAAAGAAAACAUUGUCAUAAAUCCAUCUCUCAAACAUCAACUACAAAAAACAGGUAAAAGCAGAUGUUUCAUGUGUUAUUCACUAAUGUCUUCAGAAAAAGGUAGAAAGUAUGCUCAGUCUCAUAGUACUAAAGUACAGACUAAAUGUCUGGCAUGUGAUAGAUAUUAUUGUAUAUUAUGUUUUAUCAAAGACCACAAAAUCACAAAAUGAUAAAGAAUAGUGGUCAACAAAUUAUAAGCAGUGACACAUUAUUUACAUUGUAUCUAUACAUUU